AUGGAGGUGCAGACGGAGUGUGUGGAGCCUCCUGUGGCCCCUCAGUGUGACCCCCAGCCCACCGGAAAGAUCAACAAAGCUGCCUUCAAACUCUUCGGAAAGCGGCGCACCGGCUCCGGGAUGGCCAGCUUCUUCUCCUUCAGGAACAAAGGGGCUACGUACAGCGGGAGCAACGGGAAUUCUGACAAUGGGAAUUCUUUGAACGGAAAUGGCUCGGCGGCAUCGGUAGAGCUCGUUCGGAGCAAAACCCACGAUGGACUAACAAGCCCUAAUAACGAUGCUGAUGGACAGAGAGGGGAGGGGCUUGCUAUCCUGGAGGCAGGGCCGGUGAGGUCCCUCAGCAAAUCCCUGAGUUUCUUCUCGCUGCUCCGACGUGGGAGUUUUAGGUCGAGCGAAAAUGGAGGGGCAGGGCUUGUUAGAAGAGGGAGGGGCCUAAAGGGCUUUUUUAGCAGCAUGCGAUGGAGACGCAAGGAAAAAACAAACGAGGUAGAGGGGGAAGAGGUGGAACGUAAGACGGAGAAGGAUGGGGAUAUUCCCGAAUCUGAAAAGGUAAAGGAUAUUACGCUAACCCUUGAACCUCCUCCGCAUCAUCACCAAGUGGAUUGUGGGAAUGCAGAUGCAUCACCUAACCCGGAGACUCCUACUACUAGUGUUACCAUGACACCCCCACACUGUGUUGACAUGCCAGGGCAAUCUGGUGAGCCACACUCCCCGUUUCCUUACACACCCACUGACUCGCCACUGCUCCCUCCCAUCCAAAAAGCCAAAGCAUCAAUUUCCAGCCUCACCCCCUCCCUCGCUACGCCCCCUUUGGAGCGCUGCAGCGCAGGUGACCCACCCUCAGAACCUUCGGUGGACCGCCUAUGCUCUCUCCUCUUCACUGACGUCACAUCCCUCAAGAGCUUUGAUUCACUGACAGGCUGUGGUGACAUUAUUGCUGACGCAGAGGAGGAUGGGCCAGCGGGCAACGGGGGCAGCGGCACCAGCAGCAGCAGCAGUGGGGGAGGAGGGGGGAGUGUAGGCGGCGUUGGGAGAGCCGUUGGUAUCACCAGCACCACGGCUCGUUGCUCCCCAACCAAACCCCCUCUACCUUCGCAGCUGACCCAACCCAUGUUCUCUGUUCCCAUGAGCUCAGUGCCUUCUUCCCUCCCAGCCCGGGCCCGGGCACCGCCUCCACCACAGCAGCACCCAGCAGGUAGCGGUGUGGUGGCCUACAUGGGCGGAGGAGAAGAAAUGGCAAGUCCAGAGGGAGUGGACGAUGCAGACAUGCAGGGGCUCUGGCACAUGCUGCCCUCAACAGGUGACAACUCUCCUGCUUUGCCUCGAUUGCAUCAACCUCCCUCUUCCACCCCAACUUCUACUUUUCCACCUCGUGCCACGUCCAACCCUGCCAGCAGCCACCUGCUCUCAGCCUACAGGAGUGCAGACCGCAAGUUGCCCCCGGUGAAGGCCUUGGGGCUCAGUAAGAUUCCGGUAGUUGGUGCAGCAGGGGGCCGUGCAGCAAAACCCCCCCUCCCUCACACACAUGGCCGUCAUCCCACAUCCCCUGGAGAAAAAGAGCCACUUAGUGAUGAGGGUUACUGGGACACACCCUCUGCAACGCCCACGGCAACACCUGAUGAGAGCGGGCUGCAGCGCAACCAGAGGACGGCCCUAUCACGCGACAGUUGCUCUGGAGACCACCUGUACGACCUCUACAAUGACCCCGAAGAGGUAGGAGAGGAUAUGGAGCAGGAGGGAGAUGAAGAUCUAAACAGUACCCCCUCUCCAUCCACUGAAUACAAGCUGAGCCCCACCUCUCCAACAACUCCUCCUUCCUCCUCCUCCUCUUCCUCCUUCCAAUCAAUGAAAGGCAGCGCAAGCCUUCCUCGGGAAUCCAAGAUCCCAGUGAGCAGCAGACAAACCCCACCUCCCCACUCUGUAAGCCAGUCAGCCCUCUCGUCUGUUGUAGAGGCUGAGUCCCCUCCACCAAAGACCCAGGCGCUUCCCCCAGCUCGCACCAGAAUCCCUGUAUCCAAGGUGCCGGUCCGUCGUUCUGGAAACAAACCUGGCAGCACAACCAGAGGAACCGCCCACAAGAAGUAGCUCCAGUCAAAUGGGGGAU